AUGGAUAGCUGCGGAAGCGCAGCGCACACGCAUAUAUCCAUUCACUCCUCCACCCCACCCUCCCCUUCCAUUUCCUCACCAAACUUAACAUCCCUCGAAGCCUCCUUCCUAGCUGGGCUCCUCGCCCACCUUCCCUCCCUAACAAUCCUCACACUCCCCCUCAGCGCCUCCUACAAACGCAUGGUCGACGGUGCCUGGUCAGGGGGCACCUACGUCUGCUGGGGGACCGAUAACCGCGAAGCUCCAAUAAGGCUAUGUAACGCCACCUCUCCCGCUUCCCGGAACUUUGAAGUGAAAUGCGUAGAUGGGACAUCGAAUCCGUAUUUGGCGUUUGCGGGGCUUAUAGCGGCUGGCGUGGAGGAUGGUGUGAAGAUCAAUAGGGCACUUGAGAUGAGGGAUUGUAGUGCCCAUGGAGAACUUGGGAAGACGGCGGCGGAGAUGGGGGAGGAGGAGAGGGCGAGGUAUGGGAUUACGGAGAGGCUGCCAUUGAAUUGGGAAGAGGCAUGGGAGGCGUUUAGAAGUGAUGCGGUGCUUGGGGAGGCGUUUGGGGAGGCGUUCGUUACGGGGUAUUUGAGUGUUAAUAAGAUUCUAGGUGAAUACGGGAAUUAG